UCAUUUAAGAACAAAACAAAAAGCCAAAUCCUCUGCAAAACCCUAAUCAAAAGCAAAGAUGAGGCCUCUAGACGAGAAAGAAACCACCGCCGUUUUCGAAAAAAUCUUUAAAUUCACCGGGAACAACCUGAAGAACAUAGUCGAGAACCCAUCUCAUGAAGGACCCGACAAGGAACCCGGUCGCUAUUGUUUCAGGCUACACAAAAACAAGGUCUAUUACGUCAGCGACUCCCUCGUCAAACGAGCCACUAACGUCGCCAGAACCAAGCUGGCUUCCAUUGGAACCUGCGUAGGUAGGUUCACCCACGGUGGCAACUUCCAUCUGACCAUCGAAUGCUUAAACCUCUUGGCUGCUAACGCCAAGCACAAGGUUUGGCUGAAACCCACGUCGGAGAUGUCGUUUCUUUACGCGAAUCACGUUUUGAAAGGUGGGCUAGGGAGGAUAACGGAGAGCAUCGCGCCUGGUGAUGGGGUUGUGGUUUUUUCCAUGUCGGAUUUGCCUUUGGGGUUUGGGGUUGCGGCGAAGAGUACACAGGAUUGUAGGAAAUUGGAUCCUAAUGCCAUUGUCGUGCUUCAUCAGGCUGAUAUUGGGGAGUAUUUGAGGAUGGAGAAUCAGCAUGAGCAGAUAAUUGAAGAAUAAAUCGGGUACGGGGAUACGAGCGUCAUCAAACUCAGUGGUGUGCUUAUAGCCUCUAAUGUCAUCUAAGUCAAGUUGAUAGUGAUUUCUUAUACAUUUUUGUUCAGAGGAGAGCUUUUUGUGUACACUAGUGAGGGUAUGUGACUGUAAUUGAUUGGAAAAUCAUGGCUAUUAGCAUCUCUGUUACUUGGAUUCUAGUCGGUAUUGGGCACGAGUGCUUAACUUUUUAGAAGUUAUUUUUCCAUAUAUUUGAAGAAUCAUAUCACAUAUUAGCGGCUUGAAGACUCAAAA